GAUGGGAAGCCGCUGAGAGAGGCCCAAGCUCCCGAGGAGCCGCCUAGGCAAACCAUAGAUGGCAAGGACAGGCUGAUGUCAAUGCUGGGCAAGAUUUGAGCUCAGAGGAGUGAACUGCUGGGCGAGGAGAAGAAAAGAGUGACCAUGGAGAACAGGACGCGAGGAAGGGAGCGCCAGGCCGUCAGAGGCAGGAGUAGAAAUAGCCUGUCACCCGAAGGCGCCGGCUGCAUGGUCUCGUUAACCCUUCACUUAGCCCUGGGACUGGAUCUGGUUGCGAUGCAUGCUUCACAGAGGUGCUGCUGGGAGUUGGUGACAGGAGAGACCGGAACAGCUGCUGCGUGAGGAGGUGCUCAGUGGGCAGAGCCCACCUUCUCGGACCCCCAGUUCCAGGAUCCAGGAAGCUCUGAAAAUCAGAAGUUGUUUCUCUUUUUUGCGGAGGCCAGGCUGGCGGCAAAGCGCGCGGCGCGAGCAGAGGCCCGAGAGAUCAGGAUGAAGGAGCUGGAGCGACAGCAGAAAGAGAUCUAUCAGGUUCAAAAGAAAUAUUAUGGGCUGGAUACAAAGUGGGGCGACAUCGAGCAAUGGAUGGCAGACAGUGAGCGCGCCUCCCGUAGAUCCAGGAGAAACACCUCGGCGUCUGAUGAAGAUGAGCGCAUGUCAGCGGGUAGCCGCGCAAGUCUGAGGUCGCAGCCUGACUUGGAGUACGGGGGUCCCUACGCUUGGACAAAUGGUUAUGAUGGAGAAUUAUACGGAUCACAGUCCCUGAAUAGAAGAUCUGGCAGGAGUUCCAGCUACAGCGGUGACAGCAGAUUGUCCACUUUGUCAUCAUCCAGAGAGGACCCCUUGGGACUUUCCUGCUCCGACAUCGACUUCGGGCUUCGCAGUCGUGGCCUUGCUCCCAAACCCCUGUCUGCUCAGAAUGGAAACCGGCCCUCCUAUAUGUACGGCGCUGCCCGGCCGGCUGGGAGUUACCGGGCGUCUGUGUCGGAUGAGAGCAGUCUCGGUGGGGCUCGGCGGAGCAGCGCCUGCGGUUCCCACGCUCCGGGUGGGCAGCCCUCGGAGCACAGCGGCCACUUCAAGUCCAGCUCCCGCAGCUCCUCGAGAGGCAGCUCGGCGCGGGCCAGCCCAGUGGUUGAAGAGAGACCAGAAAAAGACUUCACGGAGAAGGGGUCUCGUGGCCUGCCUGGCCUGUCUGCAGCCACGCUGGCCUCCCUGGGUGGGACUUCCUCCCGAAGGGGCAGCGGGGACACCUCCGUCUCCAUUGACACUGAGGCCUCCAUUAGGGAGAUCAAGGAACUCAAUGAGCUGAAGGACCAGAUUCAGGAUGUAGAAGGCAAAUACAUGCAGGGAUUGAAAGAGAUGAAGGACUCACUAGCAGAAGUUGAAGAAAAAUAUAAGAAGGCCAUGGUUUCCAACGCUCAGCUAGACAAUGAGAAGACAAACUUUAUGUACCAGGUCGAUACGCUAAAGGACACGCUGCUGGAGCUUGAAGAGCAGCUGGCUGAGUCCAGGCGGCAGUACGAGGAGAAAAGCAAAGAAUUUGAAAGGGAAAAGCAUGCCCACAGUGUCCUCCAGCUUCAGUUUGCUGAGGUGAAAGAGGCCCUGAAGCAGAGAGAAGAAACGCUUGAGGAAAUCCGACAGCUACAGCAGAAACAGGCGAGUUAUAUCAGGGAGAUUUCUGAUCUUCAGGAAACAAUAGAAUGGAAAGACAAAAAGAUAGGGGCAUUAGAGAGGCAGAAAGAGUUCUUUGAUUCCGUAAGGAGUGAACGAGACGAUCUUAGAGAAGAAGUAGUCGUGCUGAAAGAGGAAUUAAAGAAACAUGGAAUAAUCCUAAAUUCAGAAAUAGCUACCAAUGGAGAGACUGCAGACCCGCUAAAUAACGUUGGCUACCCAGGUUCUACAAAGAUGACAAAGGAAGAGUUAAAUGCCCUCAAGGCAACAGGGGAUGGGACGCUAGGAAGAGCCAAUGAAGUGGAGGUGAAAAAUGAAAUGGUGGAGAAUGAGGGGAAAAGAGAAAUCUGGCGGAGCACUGAGCAGAGACAGCACAGAGACGACCCAGGAAAGGGCUGUGUGGACACAGAGGUGCUACGUCCUGGUGACAGUGCCGAGGGCCAGGAAACCUCUGAAGACACUGCCCCCUCCCCAGGAACGUUAGUAAAUUCUGAGAACGAGGUUCAAAGCCAGAUUCUGGAGAACACUUCCUUCUUUGAAAACACACAGCAGGGUGAGUCAAGUGAGGUCAUAAACAGUGAACUAGACGGUGAAAUCCCAGGUGCUCGGAUUGGGCAGGGCAGCAGUAACGCCUUGGAGAUCAAAAACCAAAGGAAAGAAUCUGCAGAAGAGUGGGAAAAAGAAACACGGGGAGAUUUUGAAACCAACUUGGAAGAGAUGAGCAUAGAACCACGUCAGGAAUCCGCUCCUUUGCAGGUAUCUGAAGUUGGAAGGGAGAGCAGUGCAGACACUGGAGAGCAGAGUGGGAGCCCCACAGAGGCUGGGCCGCAGGCGGGGCUCACCGGGCUGGGGGAGCGGGUGGGCACAGUAGCCUCCGGUCCCCCAGGGGGCAUCGAUGACACAGCGAGUCACCGUGAAAAACGUGAGCCAGAGGCUCCAGAAGGCUUGGACCCAAGCUCAGGGCACGAUUUAGAGGAAGAACUCACCAACCAGGAAGUAGCUGAGCCCAAGGAGGUCCCAGUUCAGAGCACAGAGGCAGGUGGGGGGAGCGAUGAAGAGGAGGGUAAAGGAAGAAAAUUAAGGGAUGAGAAGCCAAUCAAGCUGGAAGUGCAAGCCAUUCCUUGUUCUCCAGAAGCCAGAAGCAGUCCUCAGGAGGUGACAGGCCCAAGCACGGUAGACGCUGAAAGUGAACCCCUGGAUGUGAAAGAGCCCGAGGAAGAAAAGAAUGACCAACAGGGAGAGGCACUGGAUUCGUCGCACAAGAAAACGAAGAACAAGAAAAAGAAAAACAAGAAGAAAAAAUCACCAGCCCCUGUAGAAACCAGAGACGUUCCGAAAGAGUUAACAUUUCAAAGCCCAGAUUUAAGUGAAGUGAAAGAAGAGCAGGUAAAAUUUACUGACAGAAAACCAGUUGUAGAAGCACAAGAUGAGGUCACUAAGAACCCCAGACAGAACCCCGCGGUAGGCAGCAGUAAAAAUGCCGACGGUCCAGAAAAUCCUAAAACCGAGUUGGAUGGAGGACUUGACCAGGACGAUUUUGGUGUAAACACUGAGACAAGGAAAGCGGUAGCUGAUGGAGACACGUUGCAUUUUGAAGAUAAUGCAGUUCAGUCAUCAGGCACCAGUGCCAGUAGUAAAGAAUUAGAGGAAGGUGCCGUAAAAGAUGGUGCUGAAGAAGAUGGCACCGCCCCCAGCCAUCCUCCGGGUCCAGACGACGAGGAAGUGCCGGGCAGCGGCCCGCUCCAAGACGAAGCUCCCCCAAAGAACGUUAACGACGGCUGUCAAACAGAGGGCACAGAAGAGCAUGUGACAUCAGGAAACGUAGGUCAGACAGUCGGGAAGCCUUCAGAUAGCAUUAGUCGAGAAAAUGAUGACGUGGCGCCAGCAGGCGAGGUGGGGGACUCUCACUCAGAAAGCAGGGAAGAGACGGCAGGUGAGCACGGGAAGGGCAGGAACAAAGAGGACUGUGCCUUGUCGUAGGCUGAGGCGGGGUCUUGGGGAGGGGCCGGGACCGCACAGCAAGUCCGCCUGCGAGAGACCCCACCCGUGAGACUCAGAAAAUGUUCUAGAUUGGCAUCGAUGCACCAAGUGACAAUCCACCGCCAAGUUGUCGACUCCUUGAGGCUAUAGAUUGUUACCUGUAGAUUUCUAUUUCAUCACUGAGGUCAUCACCCAGAUGAGAAGGACACUUCUGUUAUUGGAGUUAGUUCUAAUGGAGAGCGUUCCAAGAGCCUCAAACAGUAAUGUGCACUGUUUUAUUUCUGCUUAAAAUCAGCAUCAGAAUAUUUAGCUUUUGCCUUAAGCUGAUAGGAAUGUGCAUAUUCUUGACCAAAUGUAUCAUCAUCUAAUUGAAGUGACUAAAUAGUAUCCUGAGAUUUCCA